UGCCGGCGCUGUUACUACGAACCCUUCUGUAAAGCGUCCUGGGAUCCCAUCCAGCGACGCUGCGGCUGCAGUGGUUGUUCGGCGAGUAUCUAUGAAACGCCGGGCGAACGCGUGGUUGAAAGUGUGCCAGCAGAGAGACCGUCAGGGCAGUGUCUCAUCCUGAGCCGAGAGGAAUUCCAGCGCAUUAAGGAAUCAUCCCGGGUCCUGACCAAGGAGGAGCGUGAGGCCAAAGUGGCAGCCCUCAAAGCAGAGAAGGACACCAUAACAGCUGCAGUAACUGAGCGCAAGAAGGCCAUGAAGCAGAAGUUGAUUCAGAAGCAGAAGGAAAAGCUGGGUGACGUGGAGAAGGAGGCCCAAGAGCGAUCUCAGUACCUGCUGCAGCGAGCCAAUAGGAUGCGCUUGGAGCAGGAGGAUGAGAUCAAGGAGCUCAGCAAGCUGAUCCUGAAUACAAAGUGCCACGCCAUUCGUGAUGCCCAGAUCUUGGAGAAACAGCUGAUUGGGAAAGAACUGGAGGAUGAGGAGAAGCGCCUGGCCCAGAUGAUGGAAGUGGAGUGUCAGAAAGCCAAUCAGGUGCAGGAGGAGCUGGAGCAGAAGAGGAAGCAGGAGCUGAUCCGGGGGAGGCGCCAGCUGGUUGAGCAGAUAGAGAAGAACCAAGAGCAGAGGGCCUUGAAGGCUGAACAGCAAGCCCAGGAGGCCCAGGAGAUGCUGGAUAGCCUGAAGCAGCUGCAGAUGGAAGAGCUGAGGGAACUGGAACAGAGGCAGGAGCAGCAAAAGAAAAUCCAGGCUGAGAUUAAACAUAUCAAUGAUGAAAACCAGAAGCGCAAGGAGCAGCAGCUGGAGCAGGAGAGGCUGGCUGAUCAGCGGGUGCUGGAGUACCAGAAGCAGAAAAUGGCACGGGAAGCAGAAUUCGAGGCUGAGCAAGAGAAGACCCGUCGGGAGAAGGAGAUGGAAACGGCCCGCCUGAGGGCCUUACAGGAAAGGGCCUGGGACCACCAAGCAGAAAAGGAUGAGCUCAGGGCCAAGCGGAACCAGGAAGCCAAGGACCGUGAAUGGCGCCAAAAGGAGAAGGAGGCCGCACAGAAGAAGGCAGAGAUGGAAGCCAUGCUGAAGCAGGGCUUGCUGGAGCAGAUUGCUCAGAAGGAGCGUAGGCUGGCUGUGCAGGUGCAGCGGGACCGCAGCGAGUUUGAGAGGAUACUCAGAGAGCAGCAGGAGCUGAUAGAGAAGGAGCAGAAGCAGCAGGAGGAGAGGGCAGCCCAGCGGCUGAUGCAUGCGAGUGAGUUGCGGUGUCAGGUGCAUGAGCAUCAGCAGAAGCUUGUGCAGGAGAGAGCCAUCAUCUUUGAGGAGGGCCAGCAGCUGAAGGAGGAGGCGCGCCAGUGCAGUGAACGCAUUGCAGAGCUCAAGAGGCAGAGGAUGGAGGAGCUCAGAGCCACUGGCCUCCCUGAGAAGUACUAUGUGCAAGUGGAGCGUAAGGCCUUUAUGAAUCCAGCCUCCAAGUGCUGAGGGUCUCCACGCACUGCCCAGCCUACUCUGGUCUGGCCCAGACUUGGAGGGGGUCGCAUGUGGCCUCCCCCCAGCCUAGAUUGUCUAUUUUGUUAGUUCACAGUGUUUAUGAAUAAAGCUAUUUCUGG